AUGGGUGGGAACGAUCUCUGGCAGACCGGGGAAGUUGAGGGCCCGAGGCAGUCGUUCUGUUCCGCAUAUACGUUUCAUUCUGUCCGCAUUAGCAUCUGUUGCAGCAGUAGUAUUUCUUGUUUUUGUCUGCUCGCGCAUUUAUACAAAGAGACGGGUGAUCCAGGACCUUCAAUUCCGCAGGUUCUUGUUUUUGUCUGCUCGCGCAUUUAUACAAAGAGACGGGUGAUCCAGGACCUUCAAUUCCGCAGGCUUGCCGGUGCUGAUGAUGGUGAUGAGGCAAUCGACGGCUGCAGGCUCUCUGGCGACGAAGACGAUGAGCAAAGGAAACAGAGCCCGCCUCUUCCCAGCUUGCCUGCUGAGAAUGAGGGUCAUCUGCCCCUCAAAAAGAGAAUUUUACUAAAAGCUGCAGGAAGCAGCGCAGCAGGUGAAGGAAGCAAUCCCCAGCAGGAAGAGCAACAGCAGCAGCACGAUGAAGCUGCUUCUCCACCAGUUCAACCAGCAUCAAGGCCAGAGCAGCGUGGCUCCUCGCCGCGUCCGGUUCCCAGCUCACCGUCUUCAGCACAAGGAUUAACAUCAGAAGAGGUUGAUGCAGCAACAGGAGUGCUGCAUCUCCCCCCUCACCAGGAAGCUGCUCCCUCUGUUGCUACGGGUGAAAGUCGAAAACAUGAAGUGGAGGUGAAACGGCUGCAACGACAAGUGCGGAAGCUGAGGCGGCAGCUGCGGAGAGAGCGGCGGCACCAUCAGUGGGUCUUGCGCCGCCUGCAGCGGCAGGACGAACAGGCCGAGCUGGUUCAACGGCAGCAGCAGCAGCAGCAGCAGCAGCAGCACCUGCAGCUUCAGUACCUGCAAUGGAAGCAGCUACACCAUCAGCAGGUGCUGCUACAAACAGUAGCGAGCCAGCAGCAGCUGCAGCGUCCGCUCCAACGGCAGGAGCAGCAGAGCCCAGUGCAACAGCAGCAAAUACAAGACCAGACACAGAGCUCAGAGCAACAGCAGCAAACGCAAGAGCAGAAACAGGAUGCCACGGUGAAGGAAAAGGAUAGAAAACGUCGCAGGGAGAGACAGCAAGAGGAGGCGGAACAACCAGAGGCAAAGCGGCAGUCUCCAGAAGAUGAAUGGGUAGACUCGGAGUCUGAAGAGCCUCAGCCCAGUUCCUCUCAACAGGCGUUGCAGCAAUCUGUUGCUGCAGCAGAAGCAGCAGCAGAUGGCUCCCCCCUCGCCCGUGAGUUGACUUCAGUACUAACUAGAAAGUCAGAGGAACCACGUGACCCUGGAGGCAUUGAUCAACACCCAUUCGUUCGUUUACCGAGACGAAUGGUGGCGACGGUACCUUCUUUUUAUCUGAUAGACUUUCGGAACGCCAUGCUUUGUAAUGCACCCCGACGGGACGCGUUGCCGCUGCUGGCGCGGUGA